AAAGCAGAGCCAUGAGGAACUGGACGGGGCAGAGCCUGGCCGUGCUGAGCGGGUGGCCGGGCGCGCUGCCGCUGCCGCUCCUGCAGGCUCCCUGGGACUGGCUGCGGGCGCGAGAGCCGUGGCUCAGGUCGCCCUUCUUCCCCACCGUCUUCAACUUCCUCACCUACAUGGCUUUCUGCUCGCCCUUCCUGGCGCUGGACCUCUUGCAUCCCCGCCUGCCGGCCCUGAAGAAGUACAAGAUCCAGCCUCAGGCGUCGCCCUCCGCGGCCGCCCUGCUGGCUUGCUUGACGCGCAGCCUCUACGACCACCUGGUCUGCAUCUUCCCCGCCACCGUCGCCCACUGGUACUGGAGGCCGGUGAGCUUGCCCGACGGCGCUCCGGAGCUGCCCAGGCUGCUGCUGGACGUGGUGGUCGGCCUGCUGCUCUUCGACUUCUGCAACUUCCUGUGGCACCUGCUCCACCACCGCGUGCCUUGGCUGUACAAGACUUUCCACAAGGCCCACCACAAGCACAUCUCCACCUUCGCGCUGAGCACCCAGGAUUCCUCCGUGUGGGAGCUGCUGUGGCUGGGACUCUUCGCGGCUGGCAUCCCCGUGCUGUUGGGGUUCCACCCCAUGACGGAGAUGGCUUUCUUCAUGAUCAAUAGCUGGCUCUCUGUGGAGGACCAUUCGGGCUACGACCUGCCCUGGUCGACCCACAGACUGGUGCCCUUCGGCCUGUAUGGUGGGGCUGUGCACCACGAUCUGCACCAUUUGAAGAUGAGGUUCAACUAUGCGCCUUACUUCACCCACUGGGACAGACUGUUUGGUACCCUUGGCCAGGCGGUGGGGAAGCAUCAUGCACCUGCAAAACUAAACCAAGACUGAGUUCUUCCAGAGAUCUCUCUCCUUCCCCACGAUCAGUUAAACAUUGGGGCACUCUGGACUGCACAAACCGAUGAGCACAAAUUGGCGCAUUCUGGACUGCACAAACUGAUCAGCACAAACUUGCACAUGAUUUUUAAAAAUCUAUUUAUUUAUUUAUGUAUUUAUUUAUUUGUGUGAAGCAUCUCCAGCUACGAUUGCUUGGUAAAAACAAUGGCACAGGGCCCAUCCGAAUGAGGACCAAGUGGGUCCUGUUGUUGUUUGGAUCCCGAAGCUUUUAUAAAGCCAUCCUGUAUGUAUGUAAGAGCGUUCUAGCUUACUGAAGUGUGUCGAAAGAGAGUGAGAAUAUUGUCUGCAAAAACUCCUGUGGUGUUCCUUUUGAUUUUGCACAAUGACCUGAAUAUGAUAAUCUAAAUACAUUUUCUAUUUAAAAUGUGAAUUAUUUAUACUCAUUUAUAUGUGAGAAAUAAAACCAUUAUUUAUAUUGUA